AUGUCUAUACUCAUUCGAACAAUUCAAAGAGCUCAUACAUUGAAACGAAUUUUUCCUGCGAUUAACGCUAUCUCUCAAACAUUAGGUUUCGGUAACAGAACUCACUCUUCAAAAUCAGUAACAAAAUCACCCUUUGAAUCCAACAUUCUGCGGAUACUUCGAAACGAGAUCGAGUAUCAAGCUGAAUACGCUCCUCCACACCAGCCUGUGACUGAAUUCAAUUCUUUUGUUGUUGAAGACCGACCUGGUGAGCAGGUUGUUACGAUUAGGGGGAAAUUUGGGGAUAAUGAAGAUAUUAAAAUUGAAGCUACAAUGUUUGAUGGGUUUCAGCAUGUGCCUGUUUUUGGAGAUGAUAGUUCUGGGGUGAAUGUGAGGCUUCACCUUAGUUUGAUUGUGGAUAUAUCGAAAGGGGAAGAUGGGAAUGAGUUGGAAUUUAUAUGCUCGGCGUGGCCGGAUGGUUUGGAUGUUGAGAAAGUUUUCAUAUUGAAGCGUGGUCAGAUGUCAACUAAGCCUUACCUUGGACCUGAUUUCAGGAACUUGAAACCCGAGAUUCAGGAGAUGUUUUGUGAGUACUUGGGCACAAGGGGAGUAAAUAAUGAACUCUCUACAUUCUUACACGAGUACAUGAUGAACAAGGAUAGAAUUGAACUUCUAAGGUGGAUGGAUCGUCUCAAGUCUUUUGUGGAAAAAUAG